CCCAUUUUACAAAUAUCAAAACAGCUCUGCGCAAAUAAGAAGAAACAUUCAGAGCUUAGAGAAAUGGUGUGUUCAAAGAAACCAAAGAUAGUUCUAGUUCCAUAUCCAGCACAAGGUCAUGUAACACCCAUGAUCCAAUUAGCCAAUGUUCUUUACGACCGCGGAUUCCAACCUAUUAUCAUCGUUCCCGCCUUCAUAUACUGCCGUAUCGUUGCAAAACUGGAUGAAAAGAGUAGUAAGAUUAUAUUCACGUCGAUUCCAGAUGGUUUAGAUAAAGAAAACUAUGAUUUCUUCUCAAUCAAUUAUUCAAUGGAAAAUGUCAUGCCAUCUCAUCUAGAACUCAAAAUUCAAAGUCUACAAGAAGAUGUCUGUUUAGUAGUUGUUGAUUUGUUAGCUUCUUGGGCUAUCGAAGUUGCAGUCCGUCGUGGUGUUCCCGUUGCCGGCUUUUGGCCAGCUAUGCUGGCUACGUAUAAGUUGAUUGAGGCAAUUCCUGAAUUGAUCCACCAUGGUUAUAUUUCCGAAUUCGGAAUUCCACGAAAUCAAGAUAACAUAUGUUGUUUACCUGGCCGACCAUUAUUGACCACGAGACAUUUACCAUGGUUAAUAGGAAAUCCAUCUUCACAAAAACAAAGAUUCAUGUUUUGGGUAAGAAUUUUAGAGAGAUCAAGGAAUCUUAAAUGGUUACUAGCCAAUUCAUUCAUGGAAGACAAUUUUGACGAUAUUAGUCAAAUAAAUCGGAAAAUUGACUCGGUCCAACGGUCAUCGGAUCGCCCACGUAUUUUCCGAGUUGGACCUUUGACUGGUCAUGAUACAAAAUUGACUAAAGCUCUUACAUUUUGGGAUGAAGAUAGAAGCUGUCUAGAUUGGUUGGCUAAACAAAAGAAAUCUUCAGUCAUUUACGUUUCAUUUGGCAGUUGGGUGGGCCCGAUUGGUGAACAAAAAGUCACUGAAUUAGCACUAGGCCUUGAAAAUACCAAAAGCCCAUUCAUAUGGGUACUUGGAUCCACAUGGAGGGAUGGUUUACCCGACGGGUUUCUGGACCGGGUACGCAACAUCGGCAAAAUAAUUUCAUGGGCUCCACAGAAGGAACUACUAGAACACCCAGCCGUUGGAUGUUAUCUUACCCAUUGUGGAUGGAAUUCGACAGUCGAAGCGAUACAAUGUGGGAAAAAGUUACUUUGUUAUCCUGUUGCCGGUGACCAAUUCGUUAACUGUACGUAUAUUGUCGAUGUUUGGGGAAUCGGUGCGAAAAUGAACGGUAUCCGAAAGAGUGACGUGGAAGAAGGUGUAAUGAGGGUGAUGAAAGGUAAAGGAAGUGAAGAAAUGGAAGAGAAAGUAAUGAAAUUGAAGGCGAGAUUGAAUAGUGAGGAACUUUGUUCAAGAGCUGUUUCUAAUCUUACUGAUUUCCUUGACCAAAUUAAUAAUUCAAUGGUUGAUGACUCCCCCAACAAUUUUAUGUUGUCCUUGUAAUUAAUUCUGUUCAUCUCGUUACAUAUAUGACUUGGUUAUUCAGUUGUUUUCAUGUUGUACAAAUGGUUCAUUUUGUUAUGCUUUUUUCUCUGAUGUAAAGAGAGUGUAAAUGGUCUGUACUAUAUAUCUGAAUAAUAUGGUUGUUACAGUGGAC